AUGGCGAAGUUAUCGCUUUCAUUGUAUCUUUUUCCCGGGCUUGUGCUGCCCUUCAUCAGCGGCCAGCAUCCUCCUCGCACCGGGUUGUGGCGGCACCGCAUCCAGUGGGAGAACAACGGCCAGAUCCACAGCCUCAUGAGCACGGGAUCCGAGUUCGAGGCUCCGGCGAGGUCCAGAAGCCAGUCGACAGUUUACGUCAGCAGCCGGGACCGGACAACGGGAUCCGGGAGACCCAUACUCGGUGCGGAACCUCCCGGAGCCCACCAUGUGAUUCCCCGAGCGCGCACCAGCGGUUCACACGCAGGACCGCGUCGUAUUCCAAAUCAAGGCCACUCCGGCGGCAUCAGCGCGUGGACCGAUGGUCUCACCGUGGAUGGUUCCGUACUGCACAGCAGUCGAGAGGAAGAACCGGGUCAGGCUGCGCCGUUCCAGCCUUUACUCACUGUCCCGGGCCCCGGGCAUUACGCACCCAGGACGCAGGGCUCCAUUCUGGGUCAUCUAGAAAGAGACCCCGGUCCUCCUGCACCGUUCCAUCCACUUGGAGAUGACGUGUCUCCUUUGGAAGAUAACACGAAUAACAACGCAGAGAGCAUGUUUAACGACGAUUCCAGAAACCAGAACUUCCCCGGUAAUUCCGUCUUUUACAACAUGUACCCGCUCAGCAGGGGGAGACCGGGAUCACAAACAAAUGCACCCCCGGACGCGGGACACGGGACAAGAUUCUUCCAGAAUGGGCUGCCUGACCUGGUUCCAGAUCCGUAUGCCAUCCAAGCAGGUGCUUACGUGCAGCGCAUGCAGAUGUUUGCGUUACGUUGUGCAGCUGAGGAGAACUGUCUGGCCAGGUCGGCCUAUGCGCCUUCAGUGCGAGACAUCGACUUCAGGGUCCUCCUACGCUUCCCGCAGAAAGUGAAGAACCAAGGCACCGCCGACUUCCUUCCAGUCAAGCCGAGGCACCAGUGGGACUGGCACAGCUGUCACCAGCACUACCACAGCAUGGAGGCCUUCAGCAACUAUGACCUACUGGACGCCACCACGGGACGUAAAGUCGCAGAGGGACACAAGGCCAGUUUUUGUCUAGAAGACACAGGCUGCGACCCCGGGAUCAGGCGACGCUACGCCUGCACGGCUCACACGCAGGGACUAAGCCCGGGCUGUCACGACCUUUAUGCCGCCAAUAUCGACUGUCAGUGGAUCGACAUUACCGACGUAGCGCCAGGAAACUACAUCAUGAAGAUUACCGUCAACCCCAAUUUCCACGUGCUGGAGUCGGACUUCACUAACAACAUAGUGAGAUGCGAGAUUAUGUACACGGGAAUCUACGUUCAGACGCGCAACUGUCGAGUAACAAGGGGGUGAAAUGGAAUUUGAUUGUAUCUACCUUUUCCUCCACGGACGUUUUGUGGGUCAAUUUGAGCUUGAAGAGGUUGCAUUCAUACAGUAUGCAUAAGUAAUACAUACUUUGUAUUUAAUGCUGCAAAAGAUAUUUGGUUUCUAUUGUGGUGCUGUGUUUUGUUUAUGAUAUAUUUUAUUUUUGUUUUUUAUGUGUGCUGCUAGGUUGUUUUCGAAGCAAUUGGACGUUUACUCUAGAGAAUACUUUCCAUGGCAAAAUCCAUUUACAAACAGCGUGGCUCAUGCUAGUUUAGAGUAGUGAUGGAGCAUGCUGUGGAAUAGAGGAGAUCUACAGUAGGACUUACCAACUCUUGCUUUUAGUUUUUUUGAAUAUUAUGUAAUUAGCUGUCAAUAAAAAGAGCGGAAUUGGA